CUGCGACACUCCUCUCCAGGUCUCGUCCAUCUUUGUUGCGAAGUUCUCAUCCCCUUUUCCUUCGCCCUCUCUUUGCUCUUCUCCUCAUUCUAUUAGUUUGCUCAACAGCAAUUAGCUAGGCCGCUGCGUUGUUGAAGAUGGCGAGGUCGGUCCGUUUUUUGCUGUGCCUCCUCUUGGUUGGGGCACUUCUCGUGGAUGCCACGUGGGCACGAGCUGACCCUCGGAGGAAAGCGAAAGGAAAGAAGAAAAACAGAACUCGGAAUACAUAUGAGGAUCAGGAUCACCUCCACGUCACUGGUAGCUCAAGGCUACUCAAGAAGAAUCGCGCUCCUUCCAGUGUUAUUGAAGAUAGCCAUUACUGGAACCAGGAGAUGCAGAAGGAGUUGCAGUCCCAGCUGGAGAAGGAGCCGAUCGUGAAGCAGGCCAAGAAUGUCAUCUACUUCCUGGGCGACGGGACAUCCAUCUCGACGCUUACCGCGGCCCGGCUCCUGAAGGGACAGCUCACCGGUCGCUAUGAACACGAGGUCAUGGCUUACGAGACCUUCCCCUACUCGACGUUGAUUAAGACAUACAGCGCUGACAAGCAAGUGACCGACUCGGCAGCGAGUUCCACGGCCUACCUGAGCGGCGUGAAGGGAAAUCAAGCUACGAUCGGCGUGGACGCCAAUGUCCCUCUGGCAGACUGCGACGCCAUGAAUGUCCCUCAAUUCCACACCACUUCCAUUCUCAAGAAUUUCCAGGAUGCUGGGAAAUCCACUGGAGUUGUAACAGUAACCAGAGUCACCCAUGCUUCGCCCGCAGGGAACUACGCCCACACUGCUGAAAGACACUGGGAGAGUGAUGACGACAUCAAUGACUUCGGUGGGGACCCUGAGUUAUGUGACGACAUAGCUGAACAACUCGUCCUUGGGGACACAGGCGCACAAAUAAAGGUCAUAAUGGGCGGUGGGCGCAAGAAGUUCACUCCGAAAGGCGUGGACGAUCCUGAAGGCGGGGACGGAGGCAAAAGAGACGACGGGAAGAACUUGAUCGCAACUUGGCUUCAACAAAAGACAGCGAUCGGGAAUUCCUCGUACGUCUGGAACCGCAGUCAACUCAUGUCGCUGGAUACGUCUACAACACAGUAUCUCAUGGGACUAUUUGACUGGAGCCACAUGGCAUACGCCAUCGAUAAGGACCCUAGCAAUCCUAGCUUGGAGGAAAUGACUCGAAAGGCCAUUGAGGUCCUACAGAGGGACGAUAAGGGAUACUUCCUUUUCGUCGAAGGUGGAAACAUAGACAGAGCCCACCACCUGAAUGAGCACAGGUCAGCCUUGGAGGAGGCACUGGAAUUCGAGAAGGCCAUCGCAGCCGCCAACGAAAUGACCAACCCUGAAGACACCCUCAUCAUCGUCACUGCAGAUCACUCGCAGCCCCUCGUCAUCAAUGGAUACCCCGAGAGACAAAAUGAUAUCCUUGGUAUUGGAGACUACUCGGACGUUGAUGGAUUGCCCUUCACAACGCUCAUGUACACCAACGGACCCGGAUACAGAGGUGAAGAGAAUCACAUAAGGCCUGACCCAUCUCAGGAGGAUUAUGAGGAUCCUCACUACAUGGGCGCCUCCACUGUCCCCAUGAUCGAAUCCCACCACGCAGGCGAGGAUGUUAUCCUCUAUGCCAGAGGUCCUCACGCCCAUCUUUUCACAGGAAUCCACGAAAACGCCUAUAUCCCCCACGCCCUCAGAUACGCUGCCUGCGUAGGCGACGGACUACACUUCUGUACGUCAGAUAAGCAAUGAUGAUCUUCGCGUUUUAAAAAUUACAUUAUUUGAAAAUAGAAAUGUUAUGGUAAAUCGGCAAGAUACGUUGGUAACCCCUAAAUUAUUUAAGAUAGGAAUUUUAAGUCAAAAUAGGAAGGCACAUUGCUAAUAUCAAUAUAGCAUUGAUAGUUGCUAUUGUAUAUCCAUGGCUUCAUCGCGCGCAGCUUUGCUUUGCAGGCUUCAUUGCAUCCAUGUAUAUAUAUAUAUAUAUAUAUAUAUAUAUAUAUAUAUAUAUAUAUAUAUAUAUAUAUAUAUAUAUGCGCAAGAAAACUACAAAUAACAGAAAGGUAUAUUCAGACUGCUUUGCUUAAGUCAUAACGGACGUAAUGAUAACAUGAUGAGAUUGAAUUAAUUAGAAAACAAUAUUCGAAAAUCAAGUCACUUCACAAUUUAUUGCGCUUGUUUACCAUACAAAAAUCCUAUUAUUUAUUUUACAUAUGCAGAAACUCCAGGAGUGUGCGAACGAAUGGAAAUAAAGCGAAAGUUAUACA